CCGGGGGCUGCUGAGCCUAUCUCCUUUGUCCUCCAGCUGAUCCAGCGCCGGCUCUGCUCCAGCUGCUGCUCCUCUGUAUAUCUCUGUGUCUUGGCCAUGAUGUGCGGCCCCUGGUUUCUUCUUCUCUUGGUGGCCGUACCAGGAAGCAGUUCAGCUGUCGGUGAAAUCCGUAACUGCGCAGAUGCUGCUCUGGAGCUGAGGGAGAGAGGUCUGGGAGGCAUCCCUGGUGUCAGAACACCAAUAUCUGGAGAACACCUACGGAUAUGCCCGCAGGAGUACACUUGUUGCCCGAGUGAGACAGAGGAGAGACUGAGCGAGGAGAGCGUGAGAGACCUGGCCCGCAUUGUGAACGACAGCGUCAGUUAUCCAAUGGGGGUAUUAACUGGGGCGAGAAGAAGAUUCCAGGAGUUUUUCCUCGCACUCCUUGACUCCUCUGAGCACUCCCUCUCCACCAUGUUUGUACUUUCCUAUGGACACCUGUACUCCCAGAAUGCCGUUCUCUUCAGUACUCUCUUCUCAGAGCUGCGUGCUUUCUACAUGGGCGGAGGAGCCCCCAGAUUGGCCGAGGCUCUCUCUGAGUUCUGGGCCGGACUGUUGGAGCGCAUGCUCCGUCUCCUGCUUCCUCAUUACGAGCUGAAUGCCGACUACAUGGAGUGUGCUGCCCACAGAGCUGAGGAGCUGAGGCCUUUUGGCGAUAUACCAAAAAGACUUCGACUACAGGUAACACGAUCAUUAGGAGCUGCCAGAACAUUGGUGCAAGGCUUGGCAAUAGGAAGUGACAUUGUCAACAGAGCUGCCAAGGCUGUGCCACCUCCUGAUUGUCUCCGGGCUGCCAUGCGCAUGUGGUAUUGCCCACUCUGCCGAGGUUACACAUCCCUCCUGCCCUGCCACGGACUCUGCCUCAACGUCAUGAAAGGCUGCCUCGCACACCAGGCGGACAUGGAUGCAGACUGGAACAGUUUGAUAGAUGGGCUGCAGGAAGUGGCUGAGCGAUUGACUGGACCUUUUAAUGUGGAACUUGCUGCUGAGAUGAUUUCAGUGAAAAUAUCUGAAGCCAUAAUGACACUGCAGGAGGAGCACGUACAGCUAACUACUCAGAUCUUCCAGUCUUGUGGAACCCCGCCUCCAGCACGCACCCGACGCUCCCCACCAGAAGAUCCCAAGAGGAGGUUUCGAGUUUACAGCAAUGAUGAGAAACCCACGUCAGCAGCCGGUACCAACAUAGACAGACUGGUAUCAGAGGUUGUGUCCAAGCUCCGCCCUUUGCGUGGUCUCUGGAAGCUUCUCCCUCUGUCCCUUUGCUCUGAUAGCAGAGUCUCUGCUGGCCUUAGUAACCAAGAUAAGUGCUGGAAUGGACAGUCAAGGGGGCGGUACCUCCCGCAGGUGACAGGUGACGGUGUGGUGAAUCAGAUUAAUAACCCGGAGGUGGAGCUGCCAAUGUCACCUCCGGACCCCAGAACCCGCCAGCUGGGCAUACAGCUGCGUGUAGUCAGGAGCAAACUGCGAGCAGCCUACAGCGGGAGGGACAGCGACACACAGGAUGCUUUUGAUGAAGGCAGUGGAGGCUCAGGCGGAGGUGAUCCGGUGACAGAGAAACCUGCAAUCAAGACCAGCACCAAACGUAAGAGCUUAUUAGAGAAGGCGAAGAAAGACAAGAAGAAGCAGGAUGAGAAAAAGAGGGCAGAGAGGAAAAAAGGGGUGAGGUUUGGUUUGGAUGCAGGGUGGUCUAUAACCCCCACAUAUAGUAUCACGUUUGGUGUCUUGCUUGUGGGACUUGUACUAUCUGCAUAA